AUGAGCCAGCUUCGGACGGAUCGUCAUACCUUUAUCGUCUCUCCAGCUGCGCGGAUAAACGCCGAUGCUGCAUUUCACUUCCACACCACGCACUCCCCUGCCUGCAUUCACCAACUUGUGACGGAUAGAGCAUCGUAUCCGGCAGAAGGUGACUCAGGCGAUACCGAUGAUGAUAAGAGGGAUGAUGAUGAGGGUGAGGACGAAGAGGGGGAAAAUGAGGAUGAUGACGAUGAUGAUGAGGGGCGUGGCUGCAAGGCCGUGGCAUCAAAAUCGAGAUGUGGGGAGGCAGGCGGCCAUCGCAGCAGGCACUUUGAUGAGGCGUCGACGAGUGCCGUCGAUGCUAUACGCUCCAAGGCAGACCGAGUGGUGUCCUGA